AUGACCAAAUUCCUGUCCCUGGGCGCACUGGCCCUCAUAGCUCCCCGUGUCCUUGCGCAAAGCUGCAUAUCACUGGCGGGAUCCACGACAUGUCCAGCGUUCAACGCUUCCUCCAUUUCCACAGACCAAUCUGUGGUCGACUUAUAUCCCUUUCUUGCCUAUGUUUCCUCCACCGAAGACUUUGACACCCAACUCAGCCAGUAUGUAUCUCAACAAUAUGUACAGUCCAAAUACAUCAACAUAUUCGGCUGUGACAACGUCAACUUGGGCAACACCUCGACCUAUUAUGCCCGAUACACCCUGAGCUUCAUUUGCAAUGGCAUCGUCCAAAAUUCCCGGGAGUUGUGUGGAUUGUCUGCGGCCGAUUCCGAACCUCUCUGCGCCGAUUCAUGUGCGGAUCUCGCUCUCAGCGAAGAGCAGAUUGUCUCAAGCGACCUAUGCCAGGGACGAAAUAGCGACUAUGCGGACCAACUUCGAGCCGACUUUACCAAUUGCGCUCUACCGGCCAAUUCGAUUAGCGGAAGCUGCAUCACGGGAGAAUCAAAUGAACCCGCCGACUGUGGCUUCGGAAGCAACUUGAUGGGCCUCUGCAAUUUCUGUCGAGCAAGCACCGAGAACGGCACCGACUCAUGCUGCGUGACUUCUAACUCAACCGGUCGUUGCCAGGGCGUCACUCUUCCAGUCUUCUCCACCAUUUCAAACCUCUUCUCCUCUACAACAAGCCCGACCUCGUCGCCUACGGGAACAGCUACAGGUGCCGCCAGCUCUGGGGGAGGCAAUGGUCUCGACGGUGGCCAGAUUGCAGGAAUUGUCGUUGGUUCGGUGGUUGGAUUCAUCCUUCUCCUAGCCCUGAUCGUCCUCGGCGUGGUAUGUCUUCGCCGCAGACGCCAUGACAGCAAAGCUGGCAGCCUCCUCAAUCAACCAUCGCCACAGAGGAAGGGCGUAGCUUCUUCAGCGUACAACCAACCCAUGUCGCAACCAGGUUACGAAGUCUUGCCUGGUGGCCGCGUUGCUCGCAUGUCCGCUCUGCAAGACGACCAACCAGGACUGACUGGUCCGCCUGGAAUUGGACCUCGAAAUUACACGUCUCACACGGAUCCGUAUGGAGACAGUCCCGAGUCCCGGGACAAAGCUAUGGGCGUGGGUGCCGCCGCCGCCGCCGCCGCCAAACACGGUGGAUCACCAGGCAGUGACUCCCAAAAUGGUAGCUCACCCGGAGAUUUCUCGUCCCCAGAAGGAGUGGCCAGUGGACAGUCCGAGCAACUGCCAUUCUUCAAAGAUUACUACUCGAAUGAUGACAUUCAUCCUGGGGACAAAGUUUCAGUCCUCUGGGCAUAUCAACCUCGUGCGGGCGAUGAAUUUGAACUCGAAAGAGGCGACAUGCUGAAAGUCGUUGGCAUUUGGGAUGAUGGUUGGGCGACGGGAGUCCGGAUUAAUGACCGUGCGGAAGACUAUGACGGCAAGCAUAAAGUGCAGCGAGACAGUGGCGUUUCCAAUGGUUCUGCAGCCCGUGACGAGUCCCCUACGCCGUCAGGAGAGAUCAAAGCAUUCCCUCUUGUCUGCGUCUGUCUGCCCGAGGCAUGGAAGAAGACGGUAGAAGGUGACGCAUCUACGGAAGGCGGCUCAGGCGGCCCACCUCCAACCUGA